ACCCUGUCCAUAAGAGCCAUCCCCUAUAGACAGACACCUCUCCUGCCCCGGAGAGAGCAGCCUCCUCUAUAGGGUUGAUAAGACACCCCCCAUCUGCCCAGUAUAGGCACAGCCCCCUACAGCGCCCCCAGGAUGAAUUACCUGCGGAGACGCCUCUCAGACAGUAACUUCAUGGCCAACCUGCCCAACGGCUACAUGACGGAUCUGCAUCGGCCUCAGCCCCCUCCGGCGCCCCCCGGCGCCCCUUCGCCCGUCCCUUCCCCAGGCAGCGUCUCCCCGGCCGCCCCCAGCCCUGGGGCCGGUGGUGGGGGAGGUGGGUUCUUUUCGUCCCUGUCCAACGCCGUGAAGCAGACGACAGCAGCCGCAGCGGCCACCUUCAGCGAGCAGGUGGGGGGCGGCAGCGCAGGAGGCGCGGGGCGCAGCCGGACACUGCUGGUCAUCGACGAGCCCUGCACCGACUGGGCUAAAUUAUUCAAGGGCAAGAAGCUCCAUGGUGACGUGGAGGUGCGGGUGGAGCAGGCCGAGUUUUCGAGCUUAAAUCUAGUGGCCAGCCACGGGGCCUUUUCGGUGGAUCUCGAGGUUCUGCGCAAUGGGCAUGAAGGUGGAACGUGCACCCACCGACUUCGUGCUGGUCGACCAGCACCCUGUACAGCAUGGCCCCGGGGGCGCACACACCGGGGGUUGGUUGAUUCGGGCUUGCAGUACGCCGGGUAUGCCAGCGUCAACUCCCUGCACUCCAUCUAUAACGUUUCUGCGACACAGCCCAGUCGUGGGUGUGAGCGCCAGGGGGCCGGGGCUGCUGACGUCCCCAGGGGCGCCCCUUUCCCCCGAUCCCCACCCGCUCUCUCGCUCUCCCCGCAGCUGACGUCCCCCAGGUACCCUGUGGUAGUGAAGAUAGGCCACGCCCACUCUGGGAUGGGCAAGGUGAAGGUGGAGAACCAGUACGAUUUCCAGGACAUGGCCAGCGUGGUGGCCCUGACGCGGACGUACGCCACGGCCGAGCCCUUCGUCGACGCCAAGUACGACCUGCGGGUCCAGAAAAUCGGCACCAGCUACAAGGCUUAUAUGAGAACCUCGGUCUCGGGGAACUGGAAAACGAACACGGGCUCGGCCAUGCUGGAGCAAAUCGCCAUGUCCGACAGGUACCGGCUGUGGGUUGACACCUGCUCGGAGAUUUUCGGGGGGCUGGACAUCUGCGCAGUAGAGGCCCUGCACGGCAAGGACGGGCGCGACCACAUCAUUGAGGUCGUCGGCUCCUCCAUGCCGCUGAUCGGGGACCAGCAGGACGAAGACAAGCAGCUGAUUGUGGAGCUGGUCCUGGGGCGCAUGGCGCAGGCUCUGCCCCGAACCCCCACCCCCUCCCCGGUGCGGGGGAGCCCGGCCCAGGUGCAGGGAGCCCCGGCUGGGCAGAGACAAGGACCCACGGCGCAGCAACGGCCCCCGCCGCAGGGGGAUCGCAGCCACCAGCCCACACCCAGCGCCCCCCGUCCAGCAACGACCCCCCCCCACAGGGGCAGCAGGGUCUCCGGCCUGGGUCCCAGCCCGGCGCUUCCCCCCUGCAGCAGCGCCUGCCCAGCCACCGGCCCCCAGCAGCGCCCCAUGGCCCCCCCUCGCAGCGCAGCCGGGGCCCCAGCCCCACAAGGCAAGUCCCGUCUCUUGACCAGUUCCUUCCCCUCGCAGAGCCGCGCGCGGGCAGCGCUAGCCCGGAGGAGGCCCGGGCCGGAGUCUCCGGUCGCUGCGGCCAAGCUCGCCAGCCUCUUCUCCGAGUGA